UAGACUGAAGUUCUCUGUUUCAUUUUGUAUCACUUUUAAAUUUCAGUCAACUUGUAUUUGACAGGUCGUGGUCAGAAACAUCCAAGAACUCUUAUUGACAACUAAUCCCCCCACAAAAAACAAAAAUAGAUACUUCUAAAAACGUCUUAUCUGUUUCAAAGCCUGGUGUAUAUCGUUAUAUAUCCUGUGUACCAGAGCUGUAUUGUAGUCCAAACUAUUAAAAGCACAUCACUGAGCCUCUCUGUUGCACCGCAUGACGUCUCUCUUUAUUACCACAAACAUGAAUACUGCAGUUUAUUUUGACCCAAUCCCAAAUCAGCCUUCAUGCUGCCGUAAACACUCCCAUACACAAACCUUUCUGAUGUUUGGAUAAUGUUUGCAAAAAAAAAACUACAUCUCCCAGAGUUUUUUUUAUUUAUUUGUAAAAUAAAACUGUUUUCAAAUUCUCCAGCAGGAUUGAAUUAUUUAGGGACCACAGACGAGGUAGCACAGAAGAGGUAUUUAGAGAUAGUUUUACAAAUUGCCGGUUUAGAUCCUUUUACAGGAUUUGUUGACAGAGAAAAAAAACAUACACAAUGAUGACAGACUUAUCCCUUAAUUGCGCCGACUUAAAGGCAAUUAUCCGUAAGGACAUGUAGUUCUCUGCGGCUGGUGUUGAUUACUGCGUUGCUAUGUUCUCGUGUAUCUCCCGCAGUCAUGCGUGCUCCCUUUAGCUUUAAUGAAAACCCCGCUCUGACUUCUUUAAUAGUCACGUCUCAUGAGAGCGCUCAAAUACCUGACAGCCCGACAAUUACCUGUUAGACGCAUUCCAGAGCGGCUGUCAAGAGUCCCAGGUGGAGACAAGCUGGCCCUCCUCCAAUCAGGGAAGACUGGGUGGUACUACCAGCAGAGCGAGUAAAAAAAAAAAGUCCCACAGAUUGGAGGACGAGGACAGAGGGGAGGGAGAGGCAGAAUGUAUCUGAGUGGGUCAGCGGGCUAAAGAUAGCAGCUCUGGCAGAGACAUCAGCGUGUGCGGGAGUGAGAAACACAGAUAGACACUGAGGCAGAGUCGAGGCAUGAGGGCCGUGUAGCAGCCUGUCAGCUACAUCUGCAGCUUCGACUCCCAAGUUCUCCUCCGCCAUGCAUAUUUUACAGUCCCGCUGCGUCAUCGGGUCCGCACUGUGGCUCAAUGGCCCGAAAAGGAAGAGGAAGAACAGCCAAUGUUCGGUGAAGAGUAUGACUGGGUACAUCCCCAGCUACCUCGAAAAGGAUGAGCCAUGUGUGGUGUGUGGCGACAAGGCCACAGGUUACCACUACCGCUGCAUUACCUGCGAGGGCUGCAAGGGUUUCUUCCGUAGGACCAUCCAAAAGAACCUCCACCCGGCCUACUCCUGUAAGUACGAUGGCUGCUGCAUCAUCGACAAGAUCACCCGCAACCAGUGUCAGCUCUGCCGCUUCAAGAAGUGCAUCGCAGUGGGCAUGGCCAUGGACUUGGUCCUGGACGACUCAAAGCGGGUUGCUAAACGGCGGCUCAUUGAGGAGAACAGAGAGCGACGCAAGAAGGAGGAAAUAGUGAAAACUCUCCAGAACCGUCCAGAGCCCACCACGUCGGAGUGGGAGGUGAUCCGCCAUGUGACAGAGGCCCACCGACACACUAACGCUCAGGGCUCCCAGUGGAAACAGAAACGCAAAUUCCUGCCAGACAAAAUCGGCCAGUCCCCGGUUGAGCCCUCGUCAGACGGAGACAAGGUGGACCUAGAGGCCUUCAGCGAGUUCACCAAGAUCAUCACUCCUGCCAUCACCCGCGUGGUUGACUUUGCCAAAAAACUGCCCAUGUUCUCUGAGCUACCUUGUGAAGACCAGAUCAUCCUGCUGAAGGGCUGCUGCAUGGAGAUCAUGUCGCUUCGAGCCGCCAUCCGCUACGACCCCGAGAGCGAGACGCUGACGCUGAGCGGGGAGAUGGCGGUGAAGCGGGAGCAGCUGAAGAACGGCGGGCUGGGCGUGGUGUCGGACGCAAUCUUCGACCUCGGCAAGAGCUUGGCGCAGUUCAACCUGGACGACACGGAGGUGGCGCUGCUGCAGGCCGUGCUGCUCAUGAGCUCAGACCGCUCCGGCCUGACCUCCAUGGACAAGAUCGAGAAAUGCCAGGAGACCUACCUGCUGGCGCUUGAGCACUACAUCAACUACCGCAAGCACAACAUUCCCCACUUCUGGCCGAAGCUUCUGAUGAAGGUGACGGACCUGCGGAUGAUCGGGGCGUGCCACGCCAGCCGCUUCCUUCACAUGAAAGUGGAGUGUCCCAACGAACUCUUCCCGCCGCUCUUCCUGGAGGUGUUCGAGGACCAGGAGGUGUGAAAACACGGUUGCAACCAACGGCAAAGGGAAGAGGAAGUGCGGGCAAACUUGGGAGAUGGGAAGGGCCAUCGUUUUUUUGUAGGGGAAGGAUGGAGGGAGAGUCCUCGAGGCAGGAAUCUGCGUUUUCUCCGGUCAUCACAAUUUACAGUUUGUGGUUUAAAAAAAAAAAAACUGGAACCAACAAUAACAGAAACAACACACCAGCAACAGGAGAGUCAAGCUAACAGAGGAUUUUGUUUUUUGAACACCCUCUCCUCCACCUCUUUCUCCUCCUUUUUCUUACCCCUGUUUUAAAAUCCGAGUGGGGGCCCUUCUGUCUGAGCAUGAUGUCUUAUAUAGUCAAAGUUGUAGCCAUUUGCCAAGACACCUACACAGAUACACACACACACACACACACACACACACACACACACACACACACACACACACACACACACACACACACACACACAAACCCAAACACAAUCACAGCCAGUUCCACCUCAGUUCUUCAGAGCAGCGCUCUUUGCAGGGGUCCGUUCCCCUCCUCUGGUUCUCUUUAGCGGUCACAGAUUUACACAUUUUGAAGCCCUGGUUCCAGCUCUCGUGCUGGGCAGCACCUCUCAGUAUUAUUUCUGAAGGCAGUAAUUGAAACAAACAUGGACAUUUUUAGUGCUCACAGUUAUGCAGGCACAUGCAAUCAGCGCACACUGCACAUGGAAUUUUCAGCAGAUGCUUUUUUUUGGCAUUAUUCUGGUGAAGGCUGUCGUAAAGCUGAGCCGCCAGAAGAACAUCAUUGUCUAUAUUCCUCAACUCAAUCUGAGCCGUUACAGCUUCUUCUACUUAGAUCCCAGUGAAAACCGGUGCUAUAUUUAUAAAAAAAAAAGGCUACUCCAGUUUUAUGAAAUACCUACCUUAAUUUGUGUCAUUGGACCGGCUCCUGUGACAUACAGUGUGCACACACACACACACUCUCACACACACUACACACACUACACACACAGACACAUGUGAGCAGACUUUGCCUUGUCAUUGCCCCUGCUGCUUGUUCCAGCAGCACACUGUCUUAUGAAUGACAAUUAAGCCCUUCUCCCUCCAAGGAGGAACUGCUUUGAAAAAAAAAAAACAAGAGGAAAAAGAGUGUAGAGGAGGAAGGGAGAAAGUUGGAGGCAGAGAGGAGGGAGGAGCAGAGUAAGAGAGGAAAUCAGAUUUAAUAUGCGGAUUGUAGAUUCAGAGCCAGGGGUCAGAAGCAAAUCCCCCACACCCAGCCUCUAAGGAGGUUUUGAAUAGCAGCAGCCACCAGCUAGACGGCAAAGCUCGACCUACAGAGACACACACGAACACUUUCUUUCUGUCUCUCUCUCUCUAUCUCUCUUUCACACACACACACACACACACACACACACACACACACACACACACAUAUAAACAUAAAAACACACAUCACCUCAGAGUAACGUGAAUGCCUCAUUUUACUGUAUGCACUGCAUGGCAGUGUCGAUAUACAGCCCUAACCUGCAGGGUUUGUACAGAGUCCACUCCUCACGGACUCCACUCAGUGUGGCCCCUUCAGGCUUCCAUACACAUUUGCCUUUUUUUACCAUGGGCGUCACUGAGAGCAGGCAAAUGCCAAGAAGGCUACCAUUUACCUCAAAGUGGACACACCCCCAGGCUGGGGCGGCAAUACUGCCCCUGUGGUGUCAGGCACUACCUCACCUCUGUGGACACAGGGCAGCUGCCCACAGCCUACACACAGACAUACACCAUCCAAGUUGGCGCAUGUGUAGAUUAACACGCAAAUGUGCAUACUUUUUUUGCAUAGGUGAACACUUGUAGUCAUGGAAAGACAAAAAAAAAGAAAACACUCACUGCAUACACACACACACCCUCAGUGCUAUCACUUGGUUGAAAUGAAAUACCACUGAAGACAGGAGGGCCGGCCAUCCCCCUGGAGGGUUUCUACCGGCUCCAGGGAAUGGUACCCAUCACAUUCGGGUUAUCUCUUUUUGUUAUGCGGGACCAAGUGUCAUCUUUUGAGAUUUUUUUUUUUGAAUUUUUUUUUGGGGGGAUUUACCUGUUUCUGUCAAUCGACUCACAGAAGCGACAAAGGACAGCGUGGUUGUGCAGCCCCGGCUGACACCCGUCAGAGCAAGCAGCAGAGAGGGAGAGAGAUAACAUGGAGUAACUGAAAAACCCCGUGGUGGCCCGCGUCCGUUGAAUUAGCAUGCACAGAAAGGACAGUCUCCUUCUGCAUCAUGGCGAUCUUCCACAGUACACUCAUGAUGACGACCAUCGGAUCCUGAUCAAUAUUCUCGCGGAAACAAGCUUGUAUCGUGCAUUAGACGCAAAUAAGUGGAAUGUUCUUAAACCGAAAAAGAAGCCUCUCCGAGAGGCGACUCAAAAAAGCUCUUUUUUAGUCUCAUGCACUUUAACAAAGCUCACCACUAUUACAGUCAUCUCCGUGGCAGAUAUCGUAGUGUACUAGCCAAACGACCAGUUAAGAAUGUUGAUUUGAUCAGAAAAAGCCCACUCUGUUCAUUCCUAUUGUGGGGCCAAGCCAAAUCUAACUGGGUUUACCACUCCAACGAGAAGAGAACGCAAAAGAAAGAAGAGACUAACAGAAUCUAUUUUAUACUUAAUGCCGAGCAGUAGAUCAUACUGGGCACUUGUACAGGACGGGUGAUCUGAAGCCCUCAGGAGUAACCUGUAAGGGAUCGUGGGUAAUCGUCACAGAUGGCCAAGCCUCACUGAAGUGUAUCUGGAUGGAGGGAGGAUUGGAACAAGACCUUUUGGGCACCAUGGCGGAGUCCGGUUUGAUUCCAAGCAGAAUCCCCUUCACGAGCGUCAUCCCCCCACCCACCUGCCCUACCCUACUCUAAACCAUAACAACGCCCUUCUCUGAGCCUAGCUCUGACUAAAUUGCACCCCAACCCCAUUUUAAAGGCCCCCACCCAGCCAGGCUGGUGGGAGCUUUUGCACUACUGCAACUAAUCAAAGUUUAACCCCCAACCCUUGUCGGCUUGUUAGUUAGUCCCCCGUCUGCUCUGUGUAACAGAGGCCAGCAGUCCCAGUGGGCCCAGUCCCCAACUUGUCCCCACGUUGUCAGUAUUAGACCUACAGCACUUGACCCUCAACCAACCCAACCAGGGGUGCAGAGACCCCUGCGAGAGGAUGGAAGGAGGGCUGUGAAGCACUUAUUAAAUCCUCCCAUUAGUACCCAUUUUCCCAUCAUCCUUUCUAUAGCAGAGCGACAGCCCCUCACCCCCAAAACAUCAUUAUCCCCUCUCCUCUUCCCUAAGCACCCUAGCUAUCAUACCUAAUUACCCUUGAGUGGGUUAUCCCCAUUUUGGCCCCAAAUCAUUGACAUCAAACGGGAUCCAGGCCUCUUCCUUGUGAGACAAGGCUGGCCAUAUUUGCCCCUUUAGAGCGGCGCCACCGGAUGAAUGUGAACGGCAAAGCAGCAGCAGCGAUGGGAACGAGAGACUUGAGCGCGAGAAUGUGAGGACGCGAGAGACGAAGAAAGCAUGGGACAAGAAAACACAAAAAAAACACAGCAGAGGGCCUCAAACCCUCGAGCGCCAUCAUCGACAUGGCUGAGAGAGGGUGGCGUGGCCGUUUGUAAAGACGAUGCUUACAAACACUCUGAUGAAGGGGAGACAGCGAUAUAAGGAGGAUGUACGGUCUCCCCUUCAGCUCCCACAACAACCCCCCCCCCGCUCCUGCUCCCAUGCCAGCUGAUAACCCCAAAUGUCCCCCCCUCAGCUCCCCGCCCCAAAAAGGAUAACCUCCAGCUUUCACAAGGUGCGGAUCAGAAAGAGAUCCCACAUUCCAGAAAUGCAGGUUUGGAGUUCCAAUACGUCUUUGAAAAAGAACUGAAAAAGAGAAAAUAUACAAACUUUGAUGUCCUUUGUUCCCGUGAGCUGACUGGGUAUGUGUGUGUGACAGAAGGGGUUAUAAUGCUGCUUUACCUUCUGAGUCUGAUUUAGAUUAAGAAAAAAAAAGAUAUAUGAAAUGAUUAUAAAUCCAUGAAACAAAAUGAAAAGAGAUGACUUUUAAAAAAAGACUCCUGAACAAAAUGAUUGGAGAUUUUUUCAUUUUAUUUUAUCAUUGUUUUCUUAUUUUUUUUGUUUCUGUUUGUUUUUUUUGACGCUUAAACUGCUCUGUGUAAAAAAGGAAAAAAAAUACAGCUGUAGUCACUUUUUGACCAUGCGUGCAGUGUAACAUAGAAAAUAUUUCACUUCUUUUUUUUCACAUCUAUAGUUUGUGUUGAUAAGCCAACUGAUCUGUUUGUCUGUGUGUCUGUUCAGCUGUCCGUCCCCUUUUAUCAGGAGGAAUUUACAAAAACCAACAAAACAGGAAUUUCUUUUUUUUUAUAUUUUGUUUUCUUUUUUAUGAAAUAUGACUUUGGAGAAAAAAGAAAAAAGCUAAACAGGAAAAAUAAUGCAACAGAAACUGAAAAUACAAAAAAAAAAAAGAAAGAAAGAAAGAAAAAAAAAAGAAACAAUCUCCUCAUACCUCACACAACACAAAACUCAAAGGAACUUGGGAGGAGUCAUAUUCUGCAGGCACAUGUGAAAGUUCAGAGAUGCAUAUAUAGAUUUAAAAAAAAAAAAUGUAUAUGUUAAGAUAAUAUGUGCUUGUGUGUACGCAUCAGAAAAAAGUUACAAAAGGACUUUUCCCUCAAGCUUUCAGGCUCUCUAUCUUAUCGAUUUGGUUCUUGGAAGAUUGGGAGAAGCGACGUCAAACACGAGAUGUUUGUUUGGCUGAGACAUCGUCAGCUAAUGUUAGCGCUUCUCCAACUUAAAGUCUACAGACAGUAAACUCAAAAUGUGAAUGGCCCAGAGACUGAGGGAUGAAGACUUUUGUAAUGGCUGAGUGUUUUAUGGUAUUGAAUGUAGCUGACAGGACGGGGCUGGACCUGAGCCCGGCACCCACAACCUAACUUCCACACACCAGCAGAAAAAGGAUAGUGGUGUCACAUAGACGUUACAAAACAACCAACAAAACUGAGAAUAUAUAUUGCCCGUCUGCAAGGUGCAAUACUAUGUUAUGUAUUUUUGUAUGUUUUCUGUUUUGAUUUUUUUGUUUCUUUUACGUUUUUUUCUUUUUUUGGCCAUAACCAAGGAUGUAAAUACAGAAACAUACAACACUCAAGAUUUAUUGCAACAGAGUAAAUUUAACCGCUCCAUCCCGCUGUCAGAAAAAAAGCUACGUAAUGUGUAAUGUUUCAAACAUUUGUAUGUAUGCACUCUCUCACAUGUGCAUGCCGUUUCCAUAUUCAUAAGUGCCCCGUGACAUUAAUCAUAAAACCCUGUGCCUCUUCUUGUUUGCAAAGAGAUAGAUUCGUACCCCUGAUGUUCUCACAACUUCAAGACACGCUACACAUGGAUACCUUUAGUUGUGUGUGUGUGUGUGUGUGUGUGUGUGUGUGUGUGUUUUUCAUCUGUGGAAUAGUUCUUCCAAACUUAUUGAUGUGAGUGUUGCCAGCAGCCACAGUGGCCUAAGGUUGAGUCGAGCUGCUGGGUUUGAGAGGGUUAAAAAUAGAACGAUAACAAGUUGUUAUUUGAAUGUCAGCUAACGUGGCUGCAACACACCCACAUCACAUAGUUAGGAAAACUCAACAAUGAAUUUCCCCCCAUUUGUGCGCUCCCCCAUCGCCUCCAAGAAGCCAGCCUGAUGAUCUUUCAUGCAAAGUUUUCUUGAUUAAAAAACAGUUAGGCGUAAUCAUGGACCAGUUUACAACAGGCUCCGUUUACACUAAACCCUUUUCAAAGUCUUGCAGCCAAACAACAAAAUUCUACACAGGAUGCCUCUCUUGUGGUUCUCUGAUUGCUAAAUGCUAACCGCAGGAGCACAACAGAGUGGUAUCAGAAGCUGUUAAGAAACACCCGAGAAAGAAAAACAUGUGCUUUGUAAUAGUAAGCUAAAGCCAAUAUAGCUAGCUAGCAACUCAAACUAUAAGUCUUAAAAUGUGACAACGGCUAAUCAGCUAACUUCACCUCAAAUGUCGCUACUUUGAAGCACUUUCUUGGUUAGCUAACUGACAUAAUUACACCUUUCAACCCCUUGAAGCUAUCGUCCCCAAGGGGAAAUUCUUCUUCACAGAAGCUAAACAAGAAGCUAGUUACUAUUAGACAGAUUUUAGUACUUCUCAAAUGAUUCUUGGAUGUCACACCUUUUUUCCUAAAUUCGGCUACUUUCUUGGUCAGCAAGCUUAGGUAGAACGGUUCUAACCCCCUGGUAGAAGAACAGCUCUGCUACUACCAUCAGCUGUUUCAAUAAAAUAUUGGUUAGCAUGGUAGCUAAACUCAUUUUUUUGAGAUCCUGUUGCUGUUCAAGACACGAGGUGGAGUUUAAAUGGAGUCUAAGAUCAUAAUGGAAGUUUAACCUUCUCGUUUUUCCAGCUCUGACUGGUUAGAAGUGAAGACAUUUCAGUUAACAGAAGACAACCCUAGCUGCAGUGAUUUGUGCUGUCUGAGUCGGAGGUUUCAAGGCUGGCUUCAUGGGGCUCCUCGUCCCUCCAUAGUCGUUAUGAUCCUGAUUUAUUCUCACAUGUUGACACAUUGGACAAGGGCGGGAUAUUGUCUGUGAUGUUUUUGGUUUUAUGAUUGUGUUUGGUCCCCCCUCUAUGCCAAAUGUAGAGUUUGUGAAGACAUGCAAGUAGCAAGAUGUCUAUGCAAUUUUCCCUCCAGCUCCCUUCAAAAAGACGAGUUCAUUGUAACAGCUACGAGCGACUCUUUACUUAUCAAAUCAAAUUCGGCCUGGCUUGAAUUCUGGAUGGUUUUUUCCGUAACCUGAAGACCCUGCUACCUUGUGAGGGGGCGAGGGUCACGACUACUCUGACCCGUAGGUCCAGCCGACUUGGCUGGACCUACGGGUCAACAAUUACACUCUGUGGUCCGGGUCUCGGGAUGAACAAGUAGGAGGGGUUCUCGGGAUGUUGUGGAGAAUAAGGAUUCUACGAAAUGUGCUGUUUUUUGUAAACUGCUCGGAAAGUGGCGUGUGUGUACAUGUGUUUGUGUUCUCUGGACGUCCGCAGGAUGCAACAUUCUCAUCGUUUGGUGGGUCGAUCGUUAAGACCUUGAAUUCAAAUUUUAAAAUUGAACCCCCUUCGAAAUAGGUGUGUGAAGCUUUAAUUUUUUUUUCUAUUUUGUGACCAAGUAAAUGUAAAAUCCAAGAGGAUUGUGGGUGGCUGAUCAUCAGCGGGAUGUACAUUGCAAUAGCGAGUUAUUACUCCAUUACCGCCGCUAUCGAUGCAUAGCGCGAGGUUUUAAAGUAUCUACAUCCCCCGCUGAUAAAUCGUCAACCUGCUGACUAUCAUAGUACUUUAGCACUUAACUAAAAUGCACUUUGAAUGGCCCAAACAAACCCGCAAUUAGUGGCAGUAAUAACUGCAACAGAAUAAAAAUAAAAAAUGUCACCCGAGCCAAUCGCCUUUUCCACUCUUUAAGCUUUUUACUAGAGUAGUUUAACCAGAAAAUAAACAUCCCUGCAGCCUUUAGGCGGAGACGCUUAAUGGCUAAUUAUAAAGUUUACAAUUAUUUUUUAAUGAAGUACAAUAAUUGAGCGAACAAACCCUUUUGGCGUAUUUCUCUUCUCAUCAGAUUUUAUUUAUACGUCUGUGGGGAAAUAAUAAUGUCAUGAAUACUUAUCAAAAAGCGCCCACCCGUGAGAACAUCAGACACACACACACACAUGUACACGCACAAACACCGACCACUUUUUGUGACUGGGUAAAGGAAGCUAUUGAAGGAUUCUCUCAGGUAAAAGAACAUUUUCUAAUAAAUGAUGAUGAACCUUAGAUGAAAA